GUUGGAGAGCCGGCCGCUGAGCAAAAAUGCCCUUCGGACUUCGUUUUGAUACAAAUCAGAGUGCAGGGAAAGACUAUAACACACGGACCAUAUUGUGGUCAAACUUUACCUGGUCCACUGAACUUUUAUGACGAACUCAACGUGACUUUUGUGGCAAACGGGACUGGAGAACACCGUGGAUUUUACGCCACUUAUGGGCCAGACCCACCACUUUGCAGCUAUGUACUGGCAGGACUUGUUGGAGAACUCAAAUCGCCAAACUAUCCGCAAUUCUACACGAAUACUCAGAAUUGCUCGUGGAAGAUUGAAACACCGACCACAUUAAGUCAGUUGAUAUUCAAAGACUUUGAGGUCGGACAGCCCGGGUUUGGACAACAGUGCCCAUCUGAUUUCGUCGUUAUCCAAGUCGGUACAGGUUUGUAUUCGCAGAUACAUGGACCAUUCUGUGGUGCUGAAACGCCUGCUCCAGUAUCCUUUCAGGAUGUAGUUUUCGUGAAUUUGAUAAUAAAAAGCACUGGACAUCAUCGUGGAUUCUGGGCUACUUACGGACCG